AUGACAGCACGUCCAGCAGCACGACCGCUGCCUAACCCUCCCGCAGGGGGAGGCGGGGGCGCCUAUCAUUCAUCCAACGAUGCAGUCUGGUAUGAGCACGAGGAGAGGAUGCGACCAUCCUACAUCUCACCGCAACCAGGACUGCAAGCGUACGGAGGAGGAGGAGGAGGAGGAGGCUUUGGACUUCCCAAUUCACCACCAAGGAGCCCAUCUGCUUGGUACAAUCAACAAUCGCCAUACAUGAGAUCGCAGCAGGCAAACCAAUUUGCGCAAGGGCAAUCUGGCGGCCAAGCAUAUCCCUUUCCAUCUGCAUCCGCUUCUGCUUCCACAUCUCGUCCAUCUGGGCCGACCUACUCGAACAAUCUUCCAGCUGGUGCGCAACCUUCGUAUGCCUUCAAUCAGCAGCAGGUGCAUCAACAGUAUGCCCCAGAGAAGAGGUUUGGCACCGCGAGCAAGAACAAGCACAGCAGUAUGCAGCCAUUCCCGACGAACAGGCUACCAAAUCCCUAUGAUGCUGGAUUUGGACAAGCAGACGCCUUUGAGAACUCAAAUAGAGGGGGCAGCGCAUUCAUGGUGAGCAGGACGUGGGCCAGUUCCAUCGUCGGCAUCCAUCGCACUGCUCGGCACGCGAGUAAAUUUGCCUGCUAACCCUACGUGAUGAACGCGUGACUUGACAGCACAAGGGCUUCUUUGACAUUCUCUCUUUGGUCAACAAUUCGCCCGCGCCUGGAGGUGCGCCCUCACGAUUGGGUAGUGGACCAGGAGCGCCUGGAAGCCCGUCGCGCAUCAAGGCAACCCUGUCGCGCGCAACCGGUGGACUGCGCAAGAUGUCUGGUAAAGCUGGCGAUGGGGGCGCGGCUGCGGCAGCCUCGGCUGCGCAAAAUCCUGGCCCCUACCCGUCGUCCGACGAUCCUUUUCUCGUCGGUGGAGGAGUAGGACUGCGCCCGCCUCCAGCUCCAAGCUCGGGAGCAGCUCGAAGCGCAUCUCCCGAUGUAUUCAUGCGCGGAGCAUCUCCGCUUUCUGCCUUUCCAUCCACUACGAGUGCUGCUCUCUCACCGGGCACGCACGACGCUCCAGGCGCACCAGCUGCAAGAGCGCAGAAGAAGCGCAUCAGCGUGGACAUGAUUGGAGCGCCAAAAGCUGGCACCUUUGUGCAUGCGGCCCACGCGAGCGAUGCGGAGCAAGCAGAGGAAAUCUUGCGCAGAUGGGGUCGGGAUGGGAUGGGCAAGAUUGCGGGUGAGUUGGGAGAGUGUUCGGGGCGAGGCAGGUCGCGCAUUGACCCUUUGACGCGUUCCGCUCUGCAACCUCAGACCCAGCUUGGUUCGAGCCCAUCAAAAAUGCCAUGCGCCAACAAGCGAUCCGAAACCAAGCUGAAGCGAUCGCGCAAGUCCAGGCCGCGUUGCACCAAGAGUCGGUCAUUCGAGAUCAACCAAGGCAGUUGCACAUCGUCAAUGGCACAGCUAGCAACGCUUCCUCCGCCCUCACUACCACCACGGCCACAGCUGGUCACAGCUAUGGCAGCGCGACUAGCCCUGGUCUCGCGGAUCAGCCGACACCCGGGGUGACGAGCACAGCGUGGGGACCAUUUGCUGGCAUCGCCGAGGAGCUUCGAGGCUCGGACGGCGAGGCUAGACCUGCGCCCUAUCCGGAUCAAGUCAUCGCGCAGCCCAGGUCGCCUGCUCCACCUUCACCCCAAGCACGCCGAGCAACUACGCCCGCAUCUCCUUCUCCAACCGUGCGCCCCACUCCCCCGCCUCUGCCAAGAACGAAUACGGGAGGAACCAUGUUCGUAGCUUCGCCCGUGACGAGUGUCGAUCAAGAUGCGCCGGACUAUCUUCAGUUCCGACCUGCGCAAGCUCCAGCGGGUCUGCAGCCUCCCAAGGCCAUCGAUGGACUGCCAGGAUCUGGAGGUCGAGGCGCUAUUGGCGCUCUGUUCGAGACGCGCCCCACGUCUAUGGUUGUGCGAGAGAUCGACGGCAUUCCGGCCGCUAACAGUCCCGCUAGGAAUGAGCAGGACUACGAGCACCAGCAGCGCAAGGCGGUGCUUGGUGAUGCGCAGCUCACGGAUGCUAUGGCCCUACGAGCCGGCGCAGCUCUGCGACCCAGCUUGACGACCAUCGAAAAGAGCGUCGCUGCGAAGAUCUUCUUCGAAAAUUUGUACUACGGCAUCUUGAAGACGCCGCGAGCGCGCGACACGAGGCGCGCAGGCUUGGAAGCGGAAUUGGCAUCGCUGCGCAUUCCAGAGUCCAGCAAGGACUUGAUCCGCGCAAAGUGGCUAGCCAACGAGACGGAGCACUUGCGCGAUAUUCGCGCACGCGUCAAUGUCAACAGCUUUGCCAAACUCAAGACGAUCGGUCACGGAGCUUUUGGUGUCGUCGCGCUGGUGCGCGAAAGAGGUACGGGCGAGCUGUUUGCGAUGAAGCAACUACGCAAAGCCGAUAUGCUGCGCAAAGGCCAAGAAGGCCACGUGAGGGCUGAACGCGACCUCAUGACGAGUGCCAGUGGCGGCGCGAACGCCAAGUGGAUCGUCAAGCUGGUGUACAGCUUUCAAGACGUUGAUCAUCUGUACUUGAUCAUGUGAGUAGGUGCGGGCAUCCUUUUUUGAUUUCAUGUCUCUUUUUUUUUUUCUUGUCCUUACAAUGCGACGAAUGACGUACGCGCAGGGAGUUUAUGGGCGGAGGCGACUUGUUAAACUUGCUCAUCGAAAAGGACAUUUUCCAAGAAGACUUUGCUCGAUUCUACGUGGCCGAAAUGAUCCUUGCUAUACACGAGGCGCACAAGCUGGGUUACAUACACCGUGACAUUAAGCCCGACAAUUUCCUCUUCACCUCCAGGGGCCACAUCAAGCUGGCCGACUUUGGCCUUUGUCAAAGCUUUCAUUGGGCGCACGAUGGCGCGUACUACGACCAACAGCGGAAGAACUUGCUGCGCAAGCACGGCAUCGACCUGGACGACACCAAGAAUGGCGCUGGUGCGGCGACGCGGGCUCGCGCACGCGAGGUUGCAGCUGCGAAUGGAGGCGGCAACACUGGCGCAGGCAAGCGCGGACAGGCUGGGGCUGGGCUCGAUGACAAGGAGCUCAACGAGGUCAUGAGCGAUCGCAACAAUGACGGUACUCCAUUGACCCACGUGCUCACGUGGAGAGACAAGCAGAAGAAAAAGAUUGCUUACUCUGUCGUCGGCACCAACAACUACAUGGCGCCCGAGGUGCUGCGGGGUCUGGGCUAUGAUCAGUCGUGCGACUGGUGGUCGCUAGGAGUCAUCGUGUUCGAGAUGCUGUACGGCUACCCGCCUUUCGUGUCCAAGUCGCGUCACCUGACGAGGCAAAAGAUUUUGAAUUGGCGACAAACGCUCAAAUUUCCACCAAAGCCCAAGGUGUCGAAAGAUGCUCAAGACUUUAUCAUGAGGUUGAUCUGCGAAAAGGACGAUAGGCUAGGUUCGCAAUCCACCGCAUCUGUCAGUCGACCCAAUUCGUUGUUGCAAGGCUCUCGACAGCAGCGAAGCGGUUUUGCGGCGACGAACCAUGGUGGAGCGAGCAGUGUGCCUGGACUUGCGGAUGGCGUGGAGGAUCUCAUGUCCCAUCCGUGGUUCAGAAACGUCGAUUUCUCCUCCAUCCACUCGCAACGGACGCCCUUUGACCCCAAGCUGGCCCAUCCUGCAGACACGCGCAACUUUGAAGAGGGCAUAGAGGACGAACCGCUGGCUGCGCCCGGCGCUGCUGAAGCUGCCAAGAAUGGUCAGCCCGUGCCGCUUGAACAGCCGCGAGACCCGAUGCUGAGAGACAAGGCAGAGGGAGAUCGACUUUUGGAAAUGAGAAAGCAAUUGGCUUUUGUUGGCUACACGUUCAAGAGUCCUAAACCCUUUGAUGCCAAGACUCAAAUCACGGAGAGCAAAGUGAUUGCUGCGGAAAGAGCUUCUGCUGCUGCUGGACACACUGGUGCGGCGCCUCUACCACUCGCGUAUGAGCAUGCGGAGCCUACGUUGGGCGGCAGCAGACUUCGAAGCAUGUCCAUGUAG